AUGUCUAUGGGAUACCAAACUCGGGUGGUUUUUGAUGAAUGGAUCACACCGGGUGCUUUCUGGAGUAGAUAUAGUUUAUUGAUCGGAGAAUGGUGGAAAAUUGACUGUCGGUUGAAGGGUAACGAGUCCAAUGCAACAUUAUGGCAAAAGAAAUGGGGAGAAAGUAUAUUAUCUCAACGAAUACCUGAUGGAAACGACAUUCAAGUUAUAAAAAGGAAUACGUUCCUUUUAUCGAAGAUCAAAAAGAGUGACGAAGGGCAUUAUUACUGUGUAGCGAAUUGUGGAUUGAAAAAGUUUGUUGGCAAGCUCUAUGUAAAAGUCAAUGGAAAAGCGUUCGCAAGACCUAACAUUACCAAGAUUCCGAGUACGAAAAUAACACCAUAUGGCAGUUCAGUCACUCUGGUAUGUGAGGUAUAUGGCUCAUAUGUCGUAAGAUGGUACAAAGUUGGGUCAGGUGAACUACGGGGUAUUGAAUCGACUAGCGAUAAGAAUGUCAUCAAACGCGAAUUAAGAAUUCAAAAUGUGACCAAGGAGAAUGAUGGGAUCUAUCUGUGUGAGAUUAUGCGCUUCAUUGUUAAAUACAUCGCGAAUGAUACAGUUGUUGUGAAAUCACAAGAGCCCAGACCUCCGUCAUUUUCUGGAUUUUAUGUAUCAUCAGAAAUAAUGAUGAAAGAAUACGACGACCUAACUAUCAGUUAUUCCGUACAUGGUAUUCCGCAACCAAACACUGUCUGGUUAAGGUCAAAGAAUGAAUUACAUGCGGAGAAAAUCAUAGCAUGUUCAUCUAAUUCGAGCCAUUGCAUCCUAAGCCGCUGGAGGGAAGACAAGAUUUCUAAAAAUUCAUUUAGAUUCAGGAUUUUGAAAGUGGAAUACCCAAGGGAUGAUAAUGUGACAUAUAGCUUGUCGGCUACCAAUAAAUUUGGAAAGGCUAGUAAAUCGUUCACCAUCAGGGUUCACACAAAACCCCAGCUUGAGGCUGUUAAACAAUAUAGCCACAUAUUUCAAAAGGAAAUGCAACUGAACUGCUCUGUGAAGAGAGUUAACCCAAAGACAAUCAAUUUCACCUGGCAAUAUUGUGAACCAGAACAAUCAACAUGUGAUUCUCGUAACGAUUACUUCUGGACAACAAUUUCCGUAAUAACAAAAGAGGAAAGCUUAAUCUCCUCUAUUACUCUUAAAGAUCCACCUAAGAAAAGAAUGCUUUAUCGUUGCAAAGCAGAAAACAUUCUAGGAACGGAUCACAUUUCCUAUGAAAUAUUCAAGAUGGGAGAAUCGUUUGCCAAUGUGAAAGACAGUUUUUCAAACCUUCUGAGUACCAUCAUUCCUAUUGGAAUAUUUCUCGUGUUAGUUGUUACUGUCGUCUCAAUUGUCAUGUGCAAAAGGAUUAAACUUUACGGUGGUUUAUACAUAUUUUCGUAUCCUCCCAUUCAUGACUACAUUGAUCAACUUGAUUACAAUAAAAACAUUCGCGAACAGAUUCAAAAGUUACCCUAUGUUCCAGAGUGGGAAUUCCCAAGAGGAAGGGUUUCUUUACAUUCUGAACUUGGAAAGGGGGAAUUUGCCAGUGUCUGGCUUGCUCAUGCAAGCGGAAUAUCAAAAUUUCACCCAAGAGAUUUAAUAAAAGACAGAGUUAAUCGAACUCGUCUAUCGGUGCUGAUUCGAACGCUAAGAAGUCGUAAAAACAGCUAUGUUAGCGAAGAAGACGUCACAGAAGUUGCCGUAAAGAAACUUAAAGAUGAUUUCGAUAAAGAAAAGUUGAUUGAUCUCAAGUCAGAAUUGAAAAUAUUAAUCCAUGCAGGAGAGCACGAAAACAUUGUCAACCUACUGGGGGCUUGCACAAAAGGAACGAGUUAUGAACUGUGGGUUAUUUUGGAAUAUUGUCCAAACGGUGAUCUUCGAUCCUUUUUACGACAUGGAAGACAUCGUUAUGAAGAGAAUGAGUCAUCCCUUACUGUAAACAUGUCAGUCAGGUUUGGACCAAGAAAUUUAAUCUACAUUGCCUUCCAGAUUGCAAAGGGGAUGGAAUUUCUUGUUUCCAGAAAGGUCAUACAUCGUGAUCUUGCCGCGAGGAAUAUUUUGCUUGGGCGUGGUCAUGUUGCCAAAGUCGCUGAUUUUGGUUUGGCAAGAGAUGUGUACAAAUAUCAAGAAUACGUUAAAAAAUCCAGUUCUCUUCUUCCUCUGAAAUGGAUGGCUGUUGAAUCGAUGCAGUACUCAGUCUUCACAGAGAAAACAGACGUAUGGUCAUUUGGUAUUGUGUUGUGGGAACUCUUCACUCUGGGCAGAACGCCCUAUCCUGGCUUGUCAAAUCUUGAUGUUUUCCCAUACUUGAUGGAUGGUAAACGAAUGACAAUACCAACAUGCUGCUCUUCAAAUAUUUCUGAGUUUAUUGAUCAAUGUUGGGAAAACGAUCCAUGCAAUCGUCCAUCUUUUGCAUCGAUAGUAAAAAUCCUCGAUGACUAUGUUCAUAACGAUGGAAAUUUUCAGCACAACUGCCAUCAUAACAGUGGGACACCAGAUCUCUGCCAAUGUAAAAGAUAAUUUGCAACUGGUGAUUUUUGCUACCAGCGCAGAUGAAAACCUUUGAAAUGAGUCAGCGUAAAUGUAAAGAAUCGACUCUGAUAAAAUGAGUUUAUUAGAUUAUAGACUUACAG